AUGAAACAACCAAUCUUAAACAAAGGAUCAAAACCUGAAAAAAAUCCAACUUCUUACAAUAACGACGGGUUCGGAAGAGACACUUAUAUUUCAUACAACAAUGGUGGCAAUUUCGGCACUGAAUUCAGAUUUCUCACGACUCAACAAAACAGAACAGGCAUGAACAUGAUGCCAAGUCCUGCAUCCAGAGCCUCAGAAGUACCCUAACGCAUAUUCUAUUAAUGUGAUGGAACUGGGAGGGACACCUAUGUGUUAUUAAAUGUGUAGGAGAAGUACUCUCCUAUGCAAAAUUACAAGAGGAUGCUUCGAAGCACGGAUCAAUUCUUCUCCAGUCCCAAAUACAGGUAUGAAUUGCCACCACUUGCACGAGAAAGGUUCAAGAGAACUCAACAGUCUCAGAGGAGUCUCAUCGGUCGAUUAUCUUAACCUAAGCUGAAACAAAGUUGUUGA